GAUGGCGUUGUAAUGGAGGUUCAGAGGUGGCAGCUGUGGGUUGAUAUCAAUGACUGUCGGUAUUUGGAAUAUAAAACUGUUUAAAAGUUAGUUAAAAGGCCCUGAUCGUUUUUAAACAAGGUCAAACAAAUAAAGAAGGACCACAAUUCCAUGGUCAUUUUCUCGAUUGAGAGUUUGUUUGUUUGUUUUUGAUGCCUUGCUUGUAGAGCUGGCACUAUGCCCGCGGCUACUGUGGAUCAUAGCCAAAGAAUAUGUGAGGUUUGGGCUGACAACCUGGAUGAAGAACUCAAAAGGAUCCGCCAGGUCAUUAGAAAAUACAACUACAUUGCCAUGGACACAGAGUUUCCAGGUGUAGUUGCGAGACCGAUUGGAGAGUUCAGAAGCAAUGCUGACUACCAGUACCAGUUACUGCGAUGUAAUGUAGACUUGCUAAAGAUUAUCCAGCUGGGCCUUACCUUUAUGAAUGAACAGGGUGAAUAUCCACCGGGAACUUCAACAUGGCAGUUCAAUUUUAAGUUUAACCUCACGGAGGACAUGUAUGCACAGGACUCCAUCGAGCUCUUGACAACAUCAGGCAUCCAGUUCAAGAAGCACGAGGAGGAGGGGAUCGAGACAUUGUACUUGGCUGAACUGCUCAUGACCUCAGGGGUGGUGCUCUGUGAGGGCGUCAAGUGGCUUUCUUUCCACAGUGGCUAUGACUUUGGCUAUCUGAUCAAGAUUCUGUCCAACUCUAACCUGCCCGAAGAGGAAGUGGACUUCUUUGAGAUCCUUCGCCUGUUCUUCCCCAUCAUAUAUGAUGUCAAGUACCUCAUGAAGAGCUGCAAAAACCUCAAGGGUGGGCUACAGGAAGUGGCAGAACAGCUGGAGCUGGAGAGGAUUGGCCCCCAGCACCAAGCUGGCUCAGACUCACUACUGACAGGCAUGGCAUUCUUCAAGAUGAGAGAGAUGUUCUUUGAGGAUCAUAUCGACGAUGCAAAGUACUGUGGUCACUUGUACGGGCUGGGUUCAGGCUCUGCAUACGUCCAGAACGGCACAGGGAACGCCUACGAGGAGGAAGCCAAUAAACAGCUGUCAUGACAUCAUCACUGGGAUCUUUCUGGAUGGUCUGCUCUAGUCAAUUACUACGACGACUGGAAUAAUGGAAGAACAAAAGCAUUAUUUAUACCAUUUCGGAAGCUUUUUGUCAUAAGCGCUUCUUACUUUAGGUGGUUGGUAAAUUUGGUGGUUCAAUAGUUCCUAUCUCCAGAUGUACCCAAGGUGUGUGUUUGUGCUUAAAAUCAUGUUUUUUCUAUGAAAGCAGUUUAGAGGGGCUGGUUGGUUCAUUUAGAUUUCACAUGAAGCGCUUGAAGAGAAACAAGGGAUUUUAGUUUUUCAAACUUUUUCUGUAGAAAUUUUGCACUUUAAAAGCUCCUAACCAGAUCCUUGAUUUUAUAUGAAAAGCUACGUUUUUCUGGUAUGCUCCUCUUUGUUGCCUUCUCUAAGUUCAAUUUUUUUCACUUAACAUCUGUCUUUAUUAUGAAAAUAAGUUGUUUUUUUUCACCAAACUUAGCCUUAAUAGUAGCUACAUUUUUUUUUAUGUUAUUUUAAUAUUUAAUUUAUUGUACUGGUUGGUUCUUUUCUUGUGACGAGACCCCCCCUCCCCUCCAUAUGUAAAGAAAAAAAUGCAAUAUACGAGAGAUUGUUUUUAAAGCUUUUGUAAAUAAAGGCUUCAAACUUUUCUAACAUAUAAGAACUUGAUUUGAGUGAGUUUGAAAUCUGUUUAAGAGUCAUAUUUUAAAUUAUAUACCUUAUAGGCUAUUGAGACCGAUAUGGGAGAAAGGUACAAGAACAGUCAAUAGCAAUAUAAACAGGCUGAACAU